UUUAUCGUCAUCGCCAGUAUCUCUUUAUUGAUACUUCAUCUUUAUUAACUGAUAAUAUUGAAUGUAUGACAUUGAUAAAUAAUAUUGAGCAAUCUACAACAAAUUAUCAAAUUAAUGAUGAUUUGCAAGCUUGUGAUGAAUUAUAUGCUCAGCUUAUAGAAGUAACAGAGAAAACUCUUGAAAUUCUUAAAGAUCAAUGA